GCAUUAAUUGUAUUUACAUUAUUCCUUAUAGGAAUUAUUGUUUCGGUUUUUGUACUUUUCGGACUUUGUGGGAGGUUCCGGAAUGGAUUAUGUAUGAAAACCAAGUGCCAGUGUAUACAACAUACACAUCAAAUUUUUAAAUGUAAAUCAAGGUUCAAGUGGCCGUGUUUUCUUGAGAGAGAGAGAGAGAGAGAGAGAGAGAGAGCGCCUAUAAUAACAUCAUUGUUGCAUCACAAGGAAUUUCGCCCGAAGAGCUUUCAUCGAAGUUGGAAUUUCUCCUCAUUAUUAAGAGCAAACUGAUUUAACUGAUUACUUUUGGUACUGUUCUAUGCUAACCAAAAUUAGAACAGGUUGUGAAUAAGGCUCUGCCAAAAGCUCAUACUGAUCCAACAAUUCUCAAGAUGAGUGAAAUGUAUAGUAGAAGUUACUUUGUGUGGAUCUGAUUUCUUCCUGGUUUUAUGUGUUGUCUAUCAGGUACAGGGAUGGGAUUGCAGCUGGAUUGUUCUUAUAAGGUUUUCUCAGAUGUGAAGAGCUGUGUUUUCAUUAGCAUGAAGAAGGCAUUGAACGCAGUGCAGUUCUAUUAGGAUUCUAUAUGCAGUCUUGGGUUACCUCAAAACCGAGUUAUGAUUCUCUUUGGUGUCCAGAAAAAAGCCAAAAGAUGACCAGCUGAAGUCUCAUUUAGAAUAUGCUUCCUCAGAUGUUUGCAAGCACCACAUUGCCUUGGCUUCUAAUAAGAUGGUCUGUCAGUAGCUACAACCUGUAGUUUAAAGCUAGAGGAAUAUAAUGGAUUGAAAGGUUAAUUCUUAAAAAAAAUUAUUUUAAUUUAACUAGUUUUAGAAUUUGUUGGAAUUUCUUCAUUCAAAAUUGCAAAGUAAUACAGAAAUCCUCGUCUGAUAAUUUUUUAGUCCCGUGUGAGGUUAAGAGGAAUUUUGUAGCCGUGCAACAAUUCAAUCAUGUUUGAUUUCACAAAUUACUAGCAAAGAUCUUGUGCUGUCUAGACUGGAUUAUGGUUUUUAUAUUAGAACUAGUCAUCAAGCUGCUUAAGAGGAAUGUUCUUAGUGUUUUUGUCUUUAGGAACACAAUUUAAUUUUGUCCUUCUCUAGGUUUCACUUAUUUUUUCACAAGAGGAAGGACAUUACAACACUUGCGCUAGAUUCCACCAAAGGUAUUCACACACCGAAUUGCAUGUGCUCUUGCCUGAUGAAGACACGAGAGGUGAACUUGCCCUCUUCAUCUGUUUGAGUGCACCUGUGUGUGCGUAUGUUAUAGUAUGUUAUAGGUAGAGAUCUCUUGCCAUUUAUUUAUAUUAUAAUAUUGUACUACCUCGAAAGCAACCACUUCCUAUUUUAGGUCCUCCCUUUGCUGAAAAUAUUGAUGUAGAAUUAGUUUCAAAUGUAGAGGCAGGUUACCCUUGUUUGCAGUGCAUACCAGAACCCUUUCAACUGCAUAUGUGCAGUGUAUGAGGUUUUGAGCGUUUUGACCAAAGUGUGAGUUUUACAUUUGUCUAUAAAAGUGUUUAUUCCAGCUAGAUGGCCUAGAAUGUAUUCAGGACUAUUGUGAAAUGUGUGUAGUGAACUUGUAGUAAAUGAAGACUUGAGCCAAAUGCUCUAGAAAUGCUUCAAAUUAUGAAGAUAGUACUGUAGUGGAAUGUUGAAUAAUGGUUUUACAAUUGUGAAAAUGGUAAUUAAUAGUAAUUUGCAAGCCUUUUGUGAUGUGAUGAGUAAAAAAAAAAAAAAAAAAAAAAAAAAACCAUACAGAAGUCCUGAGGCUAGUAGAUUGAAUGAGGUAAUGCUGAGAUUUAGAUUUGAAGUACUUUGCUGUUAUUCUUCUAGGAGAAAUGAGAUUGAAAAGGUAAGUUAAAUGGAAAACUAUUGUUGCCUUGUACAAUGUAUUUGUAUGAACUUGCUACGAUAUUUGUUGAAUGAAAGGGGUUCUGGAUGUUAUCUUACUGCCCAGUUCAUUGGUGGUAAUUUCCCGCUUGAUGUGUGAAUUUUAGGUACUAAUGAUUAUUUUUUUUUGUAUUAAGCAAUGACUGCGAAUGUAAGUUUUUAAAUCUUUCUAUGUACUAGUUACAUUGUCUAGGAAUUUAUGUAGUGAAAUAGUUAUGAACGACUUGUAAUGUAACAUUUGAUUAACCUGAUUGAUGUAUCCUGACAGUACCUACGAGGACAUGGGAUACAAACAUGGGCCUGUCACUCUACUUCUUGUGGGCCUGGAUAAUGCGGGAAAGACAACAGCCGCCAAGGGGAUUGUGGGAGAUCCGGUGGAAGAUGUAGCUCCAACUGUUGGGUUCUCUCCAGAAAACAUUGAAUAUCGGGGCUGUGAAAUUACUAUCUACGACUUGGGAGGAGGAAGCAAAAUCCGGCCAGUAUGGGCAAAAUAUUUCUCAGAGGUACACGGUGUUAUUUUUGUGGUUGAUGCCAGUGCUCCGGAUAGAAUACGAGAAUGUCGAGAGGUCCUAACAGGGUUGCUGUCUCAUAAGAAAGUUGCCGGAAAGCCUGUUCUUGUGCUUGCGAACAAGCAGGAUGUGGAAGGUGCCAUGGAUGAAAUAGAUUUAGUAGAGUCGCUUAAUGUAGAAGAAAUUGUAAAUAAGUACAAGUGUCCUACGCGAGUCGAAACUUGUUCUGCCAUAACGACACGGAAAAAUAAACCUGAUAAACCGAUUGCGGACGGCUUUAGAUGGUUGAUAGAUACUAUAGUGGUCCAUUACAAAGAUAUAAACAAACGCGUCGAUCAAGACAUGGAAAGCGAACGGUUACAAAUGAAGAAGGAACUAGACGAGAGGAAAGAAAGAAUACGGAAGUUAAGAGCCGAACGUGAGAGACAGGAGGCUCUCAGAAACGAGCAGAUGGCUAGGCGAGCACAAACUGCCGUAUUAGAUGAUAGUGAUGAUUCUUUACAAGACACGACAAAACCUAGUCCUAGGGCAGGGAGCAGUGGUCUACCAAAUGGUACUAUACCUCAGUUGAGAAGAGCCCAUGCUCAGGAAGAGGAGCCUGAGGCAAGCAAUUCCACAGAUGCUGAAGAGCUGAAGGAGCUGGGUUUCAAGUCAAGGGUAGAACUCCAGGAAACCACUUCAUCCUCUUCUCCACAGGCAUCUACACAGAGCUCAGAUUCUUCGGAUAGUCCGCACAAAGGCCACCAAGUGGAUGAGAAACCAGUAGAAGUCCACAAAGAGGAGGACCCACCCAGCAGACAGUCACCAGAAAGACAUAAAGUGAAAGAACAGACACCGCCUCCCCCACCAAAACCACACAGAGUUAUCUUAGUUCAAGAAUCUCCAACACACUUAGCUGCUUCCAAUCAAGAAUUGUCCAAUUCUAGUUCUCCCUCAAGUGCCACCAAGGACAAGGAUAGCGGGAUUCUCGAACCAAAUGGUUAUGCC